UUGAUGAAGGUGACACUGAUGAAGAAGUGUGGUUUUGUAUUUCUGAAUAUGUGGAUGAGACACAGUGUUCACAAUCUGCUACCUCUUCAAUAUUCCAAUUGUUACAUUGACGAGGUGGCAAAAGGCAACAAAUUCUUCAAUGUGAUUAACAGCAUUCAAUGAUCACAUCAAUUAAUUAAGAAUGGCACCUUCUACACUUAAUCCAAAACUCUUGAAGGAAAGAUGAAGAAGGGGUUUCAGCUAGCAGGGCUUGAUAACUGUGAAAGUGAAAGUCCCUUGGGAGGGAAGAGUAACCGAUGUGUGGUUGUAGCAGCCAAUGUUCCUAUUCUUGCUCAUUCCUUGGAACGCACACAACGAAACUGGUUUGCUAGGUCAAAUUCCCCCACCGAUUUAAUCGUGCAAGUUGGUGAUUCCACCUUUCACUUGCACAAGCUUGCCAUGGCCUCAAGAAGCGAAUAUUUGAACCGGCUUGUAUUUCAGAGGGGAAGCAACAGAGAACGUGUAGGUGAUAGCCUCAUCAUCCAACUUAAAAAUCUUCCUGGUGGUAAAAAAUAUUUUGAAUUGGUAGUUAAAUUCUGCUACGGAAGAAAAUUUGAUAUAACCGCAGCCAACAUUGCCCCAUUAUAUUGUGCUGCACAUUUCUUGGAAAUGAGUGAAGAUCUUGAACAAGGAAAUCUCAUAUCCAAGACAGAAUCAUUUCUCACCUUUCUCAUAUUAUCUUCAUGGAAAAACACAUUUCGAAUACUUAAAACCACUGAAUCCAUUUCCCCUUGGGCUAAGGACUUACAAAUAGUCAAACGCUGCUCAGAAGCAAUAGCUUGGAAAGCAUGCACAAAUCCAAAUGCAUCUUGUGAAAAUGAAGGACCCUUAAAGCAUGCACAAGCAAGUAACAGUGUUGUUGAUAAUUGGUGGUUUGAAGAUGUGUCAAAUCUUCGUAUAGAUCAUUUUGUUGAAGUGAUUCAAUCUAUUAGAAGACGUGGAACCAAACCAGAGGUAAUAGGUUCUUGUAUAGAACAUUGGACUAGAAAAUGGUUUUCCCAAGUUACACUUGGACUUGACAAGGACACUCCUAAACCAAUAACUCUCCACUUACACAGAAUUUCCACUGAAUGUUUGGUUAACAUGCUUCCUACUGAAGAAAAUUCUGUCACAUGCAAUUUUUUGCUUCACCUACUGAAGGCAGGGUUGAUGCUGAAAAUAAAUUCUGAGUUGUUGUGUGUGCUAGAAAGAAGGGUCGCUUUAAUGUUGGAGAAAUGUCGUGUUCCUGAUCUCUUGGUUAAAAACCAAGGAGAGAAACAUUCGUUGUAUGAUGUAACUGUGGUACUUAGGGUGUUACGGUUUUAUGUUUGUGGUUUGUCAAGUAAUCGUUCAGCAAAACCCCACAUUGUUGCAAGGUUGGUUGAUGGGUAUCUCACACAUGUUGCUAGGGAUGAGAAUCUCACAAUGGAAAGUUUCAAAUCACUUGUGGAAGCAUUGCCACAAAAUGCUAGAUACUGUGAUGACUACCUCUAUAGAGCCAUUGACAUGUUCCUUAAGGCACAUCCAAAUUUAACAGAAGAAGAUCGAACAGAUAUUUGUAGGAAGCUGGAAUACCAUAGAUUGUCACAUGAAGCACGUCAGCAUGUGAUGCAAAAUGAUAGGUUGCCCUUGAAAUUAACUACGGAAUUUGUUAUUUUAGAGCAAGUGAACAUGGCAACGUUGAUGACGAGUAAUGGAUCAAAUUACCGAAGGACAAAUGCUCAGACAAUCAUGAGAGUGAAUAGAGAUUUGGAAAACAGACAAAUAAAUAAUGCAAAGGAGAUAAACAUGAUGAGGAAAGACGUUGAAAUGAUCAAAUCACAACUCUUGGAAGUAAAUAGCUGCAAAAUAAAACUCCAAAAGCAACUGAAGAGAUGCAUUUAUUGAAAGAGAGAUUGUUAUGUAAAAACACUUACUUGAAGGAGAACCUUCCCUCCUUUUUUGUGAUGGUAAUGUAAGAAAUCUGAAUGCAGAAAGGUGUAACUUGUUGAAUAUGAUUUUUUUUUAUAAAAAAUAUCAUAUUGGAUUACAUUUUGCUUCA